GAGAAGCUUCAUAAUCCACAUACAUACUGCAGCCGUGUGUAUUACAGCUUUAUUAUACACUGAUAUACACAGUCUCUCUCUGCUGGACUCGGUAGCCGAGCAGUCGGACGAGGAUGUCGCUGCACAAACCCGCCCUCAGGCGCAGCGCCUCCACACUAGAAUCCACAAAUCGCAGCCGCCAACUACUGACCCCACCCACAUUUCUCAACCUCCGCUCUUCCCACAACCACCAGUUAGGCCAUGACAUCUCGAAGGAGAGCGUUUCCUCAGAGACGCAAGAUACAACUCAGUCUGCGAAGAACCGCCACAGAUACGCCCUGACCAAUCUGCAGAACGCCAUGGGGCUGGAUGAAAGCCCCGCCCAGGGUCGGACCAAACCGGCCCCCACAAAAUCCGCCUCUUCCUCCUCUCUGUAUUUAUACUCUCUGUCGUUGUCCUCAUCCAACCCCAAACUGGCAAAAAACGGCACCAACCUGCAGCUGAAAGAAACGCAGCUCGACCUGAGCAAGAAGGACACGAACCGCAACGACAUCACAGCCGGGAAAGGACGCGAUUGGCCCGACUGGCCCGAUCGUUUCGCCAAAGACGACGAGAAGAACCUGCCCUUCCGCCGAAGGACGAAAAGCUUCCUGGAGUAUCAUCGCGAGGAAGAGGAGGAGGACUCACCCGACAAAGAGGUGGAGGUGAACACACCAGGUGAGGAGAAGCCACGCCUCCAUAAGCUGGAGCAUCAAAACUGGGCCAACGAAAAUCGCGUGGAGCCUCAUCUCACGCUCCCUCAGAAUCACCUCCUCCUGCUGGCCAACGAAGACGAAGAGGAGCACCAGAGCCCCGUCCACACCCACAUGAGCCUCGCACCCACACACCCCAACCAGAUGAAGCGACCCAAAGAGGACGGGGGCAAAGACGAGGGCCAGAGAGGUGCCCCGAAAUCUAAAUCAGCACUCCAAGCACAAGAGGCUCCACCCACUUCACUACGCAUAGCUAGAUCUCUCGUUCCGCCCUCGUACCUGCCCAUAGCGCCACCUACUCUGGGCGAGGAGAAACAGGUGGAGGAGGAGGACGACGAUGAUGAAGAUUCAAGCUGGACCACUUUGUCUCAGGAGAGCCCAUCCAUAGAGACACCACAGGAGACAGGUCCAACCUGUGACUCGGUGCUGCCCUCUGUCCGGCAGGAGAAGGAUGAUGUAGUGUCUGAUGGCUAUUUCUGGCACGCCAACGCCCAACAUGAACGACCCGCAACUGAUAGCACGAAGUGCCAGGAAGAGACAAGCUCGUUGUGUGUGUCCUCAGCUAAGGCACAGAGCGAGAGGCCUAGCAGCAUUGUUUCAGACAGUUCUGUGGAGCCCGUGCCUUCAUCAGCUGCUUCCUCACCUUCCUCAUCCUCAAUCUGCUGUGAAAUGACCACAAGCAGCUUCUUCAAUAACAACUGCCUGGACCUAAAAGAGACCGCCGUCCCCCCUGACUCCAGACUGAAAGAGGAACGGAGAGAGAGGGUCAGUGCUGGAGCUCGCUGCAUGCCAUACAGCUACGUAAACCUGAGGGCUAGAGUUGCAGCUCCACCCGCUGAUACCUACAUCCCCAUCAACGACUACGAAACCCACGUGUACCGAGUGCGUUCCCUCGGCUGGAUGGAGGUGUGUGAAGCCGACAUGGUGUCUGGCAGCAUUGUGAUCAGCGACUGUAUCCGACUUCUCCAACAGCGCAACCUACACACACACUCGCUCUGCCGGGGAGGGACAGCAAGCGCCGGAGAGACUGAGGAGGCAAAAGCCAUGCUGUUGGUUCUCCAGGAUGUUACUUUGACCCUGGUCGACCCCAUAGACCACACCCUUCUCCACUCUCAGCCAAUCAGCAGCAUCCGUGUUUGGGGAGUCGGACGUGGCCACAGCAGGGAUUUUGCGUACGUGGCUCGGGAUAAAAACACACGUGUGCUGAAAUGCCACGUGUUCCAGUCUGACAGUCCUGCCGACACCAUCGCUGCCAGCCUGAACCAGAUCUGCUCCAGGAUCAUGGCCGAGAGGAAUCGCACCAUAGCGCCCAGUGGCUCCAGCCUGUCCAGCUCCGACGUCCCACUGCAAGUAGAUUUUCCCACGCCAAAGACUGAGCUGCAGCAGAGCUUCCGUGUUCUUUACCUGGGGAUGACCUCCGUAACUCGUCCCAUAGGAAUGGACAUCAUAAACGGCGCGAUUGAUAGCUUAGUGUCCUCCACGGGGAAGGACGAGUGGGCCGCCGUGCUGCUGAACGUGGAGGACGCUACGGUCAGCGUCAUCAAAGAGAAGGAGGAAGAGGAGGAGGUGCUGGUGGAGUGUCGCGUGCGAUUCCUCUCGUUUAUGGGCGUCGGCCGGGACGUGCACACGUUCGCCUUCAUCAUGGACACGGGCAACCAGCACUUCCACUGUCACGUCUUCUGGUGCGAGCCCAACGCGGGGGGCGUGUCCGAGGCCGUGCAGUCCGCCUGUAUGCUGCGCUAUCAGAAGUGUCUGGUCUCUCACUCUUCCUCUCGGAGGUUGUCCUCCUCGUCCUCUCCGUCCUCCUCGGACUCCGUGACCCGGCGUGUCACCAGCAGCGUGAAGCGCAGCGUCCAGUCCAUCAUAGACACUCUGAAAAAGAAGCCCGCCCCCGAGAUGCCCCAGCAGUGACGGACGGCCCGGCUCGGCCGAUCAUCCACCGACCGACAGGACGUGUAAAUAAACGAGGAGAACCGUGAUGGACCUCUGCGGGGAGUGGUACGGGGGGACGGGAGGGUACUCGUGGGUACGGCUUUACUCGAUUUUCCACCUCUGUGGGCGCUCCCUAAGGCAUGCCGUGGAUGAACACACACAGGAACACACUCACAGACACACAGUCACGAGUUGGAACACUGGUACUGACGCCUGGCAUCGAGACCCACACGCCGACGCUACAGGACAGCACCUUGUGGUGUGACUAACAUGGUUUGUGUUGCUAUAAACUUAUUACACGUCUGUUCAUACACGCACACGUAUCACGCAUGUGAAGUCGACUGUUGCAGGAGUGAGGACCUGAUUGGGAGGGUUUAGGAAAAGUCACUGGUGAACAGCGAAAGCGAAUCGAAGCUUAAACGUCACUCACAGGAAUGCAAGUAAAAGUGAACGAUUCAUUAAAAAUGUGAUUUUAUUUGUUAUCCAUGUACCGUAUUUUCCAGACUAUUAAUCAGUUCAGAUUUAAAAAACGUUUAAUACGAACAAUCGGCAUUCGAAGCUCCGGAUCGCUCACGCAUAAUUAAUGGAGCUGAAGACCAGACCGCAGAUUUCAGACUCCAUAAAGCUGGUCGGUGUGUCUGUAUUUACAUUUUCGGCAUUUAGCAGACGCUCUUAUCCAGAAGAGCUUCCAUAGUGAACAUUACCUUACUCUAGUACAAGUAACAAGUCCAAGAAUACAAAUCUGCUAAAAGAGCAUUAGUAAGUUACUAAGUAAGUGAGUAAGUAAGUACAUGUCAGUUUAAGUGUUUAGUAAAGAGUUGAUGAAGGUUUUUAAUCGUGUUUUGAAGACAGCGAGAGACUCAGAUGUUCAGACAGACAGAGGACGCUCGUUCCACCACUUGGGUGCUGGUACAGAGAAGAGCCUUGAGAAGAGAAGGUCAGCUGGUUAUCCAGGACGACACCAAGGUUUCUUACAUUAUCAGAUGGUCUGAUCUGGGAGUCAUCAAGAGAGAUGAUCAGGUCCUGGGUUGGAGGUUGAAGAAGACGAUCGGCGUGUCAGUACGAAGCUACAUGGAAAAAUCUAAACAUGUCGUAUAGUCUGGAAAAUCCGGUAAUAAGCAACUCACCUGUGUUCCUGUGUCACCAUAUAAAUGUUCAUAAUGUUCCUGUACAAAUAAACACAUUAAAACCAUA